AUGAGCAACACAGCAACUACCCAGACCAGUAGUGAAAGGAAACAAAUGGUCAUUGACAUUCUUCUUCCUCUGAAGGAACAGUACCUAAGACAAAUUUGGGGAAAACUAGCAAAAAUGUAUAACAUCACACCAGAUGUCAUCUUCAUGUUUGGAUUAAGAACCCAUUUUGGUGGUGGCAAGAAAACUGGCUUUGGAGUGACUUAUUAUUCCUUGGAUUACACAGAGAAAGAUAAACCUACCCAUAGACUUGCAAGACAGGGCCUGUAUGAGAAGAAGAAGAAGACCUCGUGA